CCAGUUUCUGUCGUAAAUUCUUUCUUCUUCUUCUUCAGUGUUUUGUUUCUUCUAGUUCUAGCUAAUCGCCCAUGGCCGACUCGCCACUGCUGGAAUGGGCGGACAAUCGCAGAGAUUCGACGUGGGCUGCUUUCUUUGGGGAGGUCAAGACUGUUGCCUUCUUAGCCGCUCCAUUGGCUGCUAUCAAUCUCUCUCAGUUCUUGAUUCAGACUGGUUCUUUGAUGAUUGUUGGUCAUCUCGAUGAACUCUCUCUUUCCAGUACCGCUAUAGCUGUUUCUUUAGCUGCUGUUACUGGAUUCAGUGUGCUUAUAGGUAUGGGUAGUGCCCUUGAAACUCUAUGUGGGCAAGCUUAUGGCGCAGGACAAUAUAAAAAAUUUGGGAGUCAUAUUUACACUGCUAUGGUGUGUCUCCUAGUAGUUUGCCUCCCUAUAACUCUGUUAUGGAUCAACAUGGGGAAGCUACUUGUUUUGAUUGGCCAAGAUCCUUUGAUAUCACGUGAAGCUGGGAAGUUUAUGAUUUGGCUUAUUCCUGGGCUCAUUGCUUUUGCAUUUCUGCAGCCACUUAUGAGAUAUUUUCAGAUGCAAGUUUUAGUGAUUCCCAUGCUUGUAAUUAGUUGGAUCACAUUUUGUCUGCACAUACCCCUCUGUUGGAUUUUGGUGUAUAAAACAGGACUCCAUAACCUUGGUGGAGCUUUAGCCAUGAGUAUUUCAUAUUGGUUGAAUGUGAUUUUGAUGGCCUUAUAUAUGAAAUUUUCUCCCAAGUGUGAAAAAACUCGUAGUGCAAUUUCUAUGGAGCUUUUUAAAGGAAUUGGAGUUUUCCUUCACUUUGCUAUCCCUUCUGCAGUAAUGACUUGCCUUAGUUGGUGGUCAUUUGAGUUGAUUAUCUUAUUGUCUGGGCUUCUACCAAAUCCAGAGCUUGAAUCUUCAGUUCUAUCUGUUUGCUUCAAUACCUUGACAACAGUAUUUACAUUAGCAUAUGGAAUCGGCAGUUCAGGCAGUACCAGAGUUUCAAAUGAACUAGGAGCUGGGAAGCCACAAGCUGCUCGUGUAGCUGCUGGAGCAGCAAUAUUUCUUGCAGUUACAGAGAUCAUCAUAGUGAGCAUGGUCCUCUUUGCACUUCGUCAUGUUUUCGGUUAUGCUUUCAGCAGCGAAAAGGAAGUUGUGGAUUAUGUUGCCAUCAUGGCUCCCCUAGUUUGUAUAUCAAUCAUAUUGGAUGCCGUUCAAGGGACCAUUUCAGGUAUUAUAAGAGGAUGUGGUUGGCAGCGUAUAGGGGCUUAUAUAAAUUUAGGGGCUUUCUAUCUUUGUGGAAAUCCAGUUGCUGUAGCUCUUGGUUUCUGGGCAAAUUUAGGAGGGUGGGGCAUGUGGAUUGGCAUCCAAUCUGGGGCUUUCUUGCAGAUGCUUCUACUCGUGGUCGUCAUGAGCCGAAUUAAUUGGAACAAACAGGCAGAAGCAGCAAGGGAGAGGAUCUUUGAUGGAAAAGACUUGGUAAAUAAAUAUGAGGAACAAAGUGUUUUGUGCUAGUUUUGACCAGCAGUGAGAGAGUAUCUGAAGCAGAGACCCAUAACCAUUGAGUACUUACUGGAGAUUUUUUUGUUUUCUUGUUUUGUUUGACUGUAAUAGUAUGCAAAAGAGAAAAAAAGCCAAGUUAAAAGAGUGAGAGAGAGCUUCCUGACUUUGGCUUGAAGCCAAUGUGAGUACUGCUUCAGUCCAAUUUUUUCUUUUAGAAAUUCUAAAAAAUGUGGAGUGAAAAUCUGCACUUCUGACUUGUAAAACCUAUAAAAUAUGAAGUAAAGAUUUGAUAGGCAAAACUAA